AACCGAAAACAUCUUAAGACGAUAAAAAUAGCAGCAAGAAUACUGCACUUGUUCUUGAACAUGCUCGAGUACAAGUGAACGGUUUUAUCAGACAGGACUUUAUUGGAGAUUUGACCCACCUAAAUCAGGAUGGGAGAUCGAUGUGACUGUACAGCUGCAUAUGUGGCAGUUGGUCUGCUAUCUAUUGGGCUGCUGAUAUCUCUGUGUUUAAAUGUCGCUUUCUAUUUAUUAAGAAGAAAGGAAAGAAAAUGCACAGCAAAUGAAAACAUGUAUGAUUAUGGAGACGAGGCUUUACGCCGAGAUUCACUUCAGUCUUACAGCAGGUUUGAGGAUGAUGAAAUGGAAAGACAGGAAAAUCCUAUUUAUGGCAAUAUCUGUUUAGACGGAGGAGGAGCUUUUGAAAUGGCUGAGGAUGUCUGCUAUGAACAGAUGUCUCAGGCAAGCACAGUAAAGCAUGGAUUGAAGGUCCAGCAGGGGGACGUAUCUUAUGCCUCUCUAGAUCUGACAGCCAAUAAAAAGCGCAGGAAGAAGCGAAAAUACCAAAAACAGGCUCAGACUCACCAAGCCCAGACGCAUCCUCAACCCUCAUCCCAGCAGAACUGCCUGGACCAGCAUCCUGAGGAUGAUAGCGCCCUCCCAUCCCGGACCAGCAGCCUCAUGGUGUCCCGUCACAGCAUCUACCUCAACAGCCAUCAAGUAGCCCUGGAGGCCGAAGAAAGGGAGAGAGAAAGAGAACGAGAGAAGGAAAUGGAAAGAGAAAGAGAUGAAGAUGCAGAGAGAGAGUUUGAGUUGCAGAGAAUUUUGCACGAAGGCUUUGAUCACUCUCUUGGUAGAUCAAGACAAAGUUUAGAACAGGACAGUUUACAGCUUGAGAGCUAAAAAAAAAAAAAAAAAACACAUUUAGCAUCUUAAAAGUAGAAACACAGGAUAUUGUGGGGUGAGAUGUCAACAUCUAUAGCUUAAAAUAUUUUAAGCUAAGUGCUAAAGUACAGGUCACCACAUAGCUUACUAUGAUUCCUGUGCUGAGAGGAGACCAUUUUAAGUUUCCAUGUAUGUUGUUGUACAUACUAAAAAUAAUAUGUUAAAAUAUAUUUAUCUGCUAGUUUAUUGCUAUUUUUAAAUGAU